GCUACUCUUCUUAGAUUUGGCGCAGACCCUCGGGUCAUCCCUAAAGCGUUCUAUGAUCCCUAUUGUCGAGAUUUGCCGCAGGGAGGGCCGAUUAUGGAAGAACUUCACGACAUUAACGAAGAUAACAAGGAAUGGUGCACAGAGGAGGUACGGGAAUAUCUCGCUGAGGUUCUAACACUGUCACAGCGAUAUGAUCUCUACAGGUCCAGCAAGUUCAUGCCGCACUCCGGUCGAGAGAAAGAAGUGCUCAAUCGACAAGGCGCUGGGGAAGUCCUAGGCCUUCACCAAAUGAUUGUCGCUCAGUCCAUUGCAACACGCUGGCUCCAAAAAAAGCUUCUUGUUUACCUUGCACUCCAAAAGAGAAAACCGUUUAUUUUGGUCUUCGCAGGACCGAGCGGUCACGGCAAAACGGAACUUGCUAAAAGAUUCGGGGACCUUAUGUCGCUAGAAUUGCAUGUGGUAGACUGUACCCUAUUUAAGCAAGACAACGAGCUGUUCGGACCACGUCCCCCCUAUAGCGGGCAUGAGGAAGGCUCAAUAUUGAAUAACUUUCUGGUUCGCAAGGAUAAGCAGCGAUGUAUCGUGUUCAUGGAUGAGUUCGAGAAAACUAGCAAGGAUAUACAUAACACAUUGUUAUUACCUUUCCAAGAUGGUUAGUAAACCUACCUAGGUAGACAGCUGUACCGU